CAAGUGGCGUUCCGUUCCAGCCCGACUCUAUAGCCUCUCCUCGAGGUCCCCGUGAGCCUUUGCGCUCUCUGCGGCUCUCUCCCUCUCUCGGUGCCUUGACCAAAGUUCUCCCGGCAGGCUUUGCGGCCACUCAGGCCAAGCGAUGGCUGCUGCGGCGGCGACGUCUGGGCUGGCCGCGCCUUCGGGGCCGGGGAGCCCGGUGGGCCCCGCGGCCAGAGACCUCUUCGCGGAAGGGCUCCUCGAGUUCUUGCGGCCGGCUGUGCGGCAGCUGGACAGCCACGUCCACGCAGUCAGGGAGAGUCAAGUGGAGCUACGAGAACAUAUCGAUAGUCUGGCCACAGAGCUCUGCCGGAUCAACGAGGACCAAAAAGUAGCCCUCGACCUGGACCCUUACGUCAAGAAACUGCUCAACGCCCGCCGCAGAGUUGUCCUGGUUAACAAUAUCUUGCAGAACACACAGGAACGUCUGAGGAGACUCAACCACAGCGUGGCCAAGGAGACCGCCCGCAGGAAGGCUAUGCUCGAGGCGAGCGGAAGUUACCCGCAGGGCUCCCCCAGCAAGUGAGGACCAAAUGAGGGCGCUGCUUCUGCCAUAGAGUCUGCUGUUUUGGGGACCGCAGCUUUCUUGCUCACAGGUGCUAGCCGGCUUGGGAGCGGACUGGAGGGGAUCACACUGGAGCUGGGUGGAAACGUGGAGAGCACCAAACCCGGAGGCCGCACACAGCAACACAAGGAUUCUCUCCCAGAGCCCCUUUCCUCUUGCAUGUAAAGAGGCAGCAUUGGUUGCGCUUUCCCACAAGCCGCACAGCAAUGUGGAGCUAGUGCAGUUAUGGCUCUGGAGAGUGUGAGGAACGCUUGAUGCUGGCGCAAUAAAAGAUUACUACUAACCCCUGCAAGACCCAACUCUCUUUUCUACGUAGCUGACAGCGGGGCUUUCCACUUCCCUGCCACGAGAGGUUCAGCCACUGGUUUCAUUCUGUGAGCGGCCCUCUGCCAAAAGUAUAGCAAAGUCUGGUCCCCGUCUGCGGAUAGCUAAAUCCGUGGACUGAGGCCACACUGAUGCUAAAAGGGUUCUUCUGUAAACUUCAGGGACACCCCCCAACUUUGCAGAUUGGGUGUGUGUGUGUAAAUAAUUCCCAAUAUAAGAAGCAUUUGUCUGUGCGCUGUUCCCAGACACAACUGCUAGGCUUGAGGAUGAGGGGGAGAAAUAGGAUUCCCCCCCCCCACUGAAUUCCACAGGCCUGUUCUCCUCUCCC